ACUAUGCCUUCUUCACGCAAAUCGAAAUGGCGGUACAGACUACGGAGACUAGAGUCACUCUGCAGAUUGGUUCGCCCAUCUCAAAUUCGCCAUGGGUAAAAUGAAUGCCAACGUCAGAGCGACCAUUAAAUCUCUGAAAGUCCAAAAAUUCAUCCAAAUCCAGAAAAACCUUUCAAAUCCAAUCCCGAAGCUGUGGGACGACGGCGACAUCUUCAACUCCAAGUCUUUGCCAUGGAGAAGCAACCGCAUCCUGCUCGAGCUACAAACAAUCGAGCCCACCCUUCAGCACCUCAACCAAGUUCAUGCCCAGCUCGUCGUCUCCGGAAACUUCCAGCACCCCCUGCUCUUGGGCCGCCUUCUGAAGACGCUCUGCUCCUCGAAAUCCACGCUCCCCCACGCCACGAGGAUCUUUGGGUGUAUUGACGAGCCCGAUGCUUUCAUGUGCAAUUCAAUCAUGAGAGGGCAUGUGAAUUUCGACGAACCCGGAAAUGCUUUGGCAUUUUACUAUGGUCGAAUGGUUAAAGAUGGGAUCUUUGAGAACAGAUAUACGUUCCCGGUGUUAAUGAAGGCUUGUGGUGAUUUGUGUCUGGUAUCAGAGGGCGAGAAGGUCCACGCCAUUGUGGUGAAGCGUGGGUGGGAGUUGGAUUUGUAUGUCAGGAAUACCAUGAUUCACAUGUAUGCGGUCUGCGGGAGUGUUAGAGAUGCAAGGAAGGUGUUUGAUAUGAGUCCUGAAUCAGAUUUAGUGACUUGGAACACCAUGAUUGAUGCAUAUGUGAAAAAUGGGGAUGUGGGAUUCGCCCGUCUGGUAUUUGAUGCUAUGCCUGAGAGAGAUGUUUUCAGCUGGAACACAAUGAUUUCAGGUUAUGUGGGGAUUGGGGAACUGGACGCCGCAAUGCAGUUGUUUGACUGGAUGCCUUCCAAAGACAUUGUUUCUUGGAAUUGUUUGAUUGAUGGGUACUCUCAAAUUGGGGAUGUCAUCGCUGCCCGGUCACUCUUUGAUCACAUGGGUCCUCGAAAUGUUGUUUCUUGGAAUUGUUUGAUGGCACUGUAUGUGCGGAUAAAGGAUUGCGAUGAGUGUUUGAGAUUGUUUGACAGAAUGAUGAUGGAAGGAGAUGUUAAGCCAAAUGAGGCCACCUUAAUGAGUGUCUUGACUGCUUGUGCACACUUGAGGAGGCUAGAUAGAGGUCAAUGGAUUCACUCGUUCAUCAAAAACACCCAUUGGAUAAAACCCGAUGUUUUGCUAAUGACUGCUGUCCUUACAAUGUAUGUGAAAUGUGGAGCCCUUGAUUCGGCUAAGUGUGUCUUUGAUGCGAUGCCAGAGAAAAGCGGGGUUGUAACUUGGAACUCUAUGAUUAUGGGGUAUGGCUCACAUGGUAUGGGCAAGAAAGCGCUUGAAAUGUUCUUGGAGAUGGUAAAGCUGGGAGUGAUGCCAAAUGACACCACUUUUGUGUGUGUUUUGAGUGCUUGCGCUCAUGCUGGGAUGGUAAUGGAGGGGUGGUGGGUCUUCAACCUAAUGCUCAGAGUCUACAGAAUUGAACCCCGAGUUGAUCAUUUCGGAUGCAUGGUUGAUCUCCUUCAGCAUUCCGGGUUGAUGGAUGAUAUCAAGAAGCCCCCCCUAAUGGAGAGUGGCCCUUCACUUUGGAGUGCUUUACUAUCAGAUUGCGGGACCCACUUAAACACGGAGCUCGGGGUUAUCGUAGCAAGAAAGUUGAUGGAAUUGAGGCCUGGUGAUGUUGGACCAUACAAGCUGCUAUGUGACAUAUAUGCCAUAGAGGGGAGAUGGGAAGAUGUAGAGAGUGUUAGGAAGAUGAUGGGUGAGAAGGAUAUACGCACAAGAAGAAAACAGCAGGGUCUAGCAUUUCACCUCAGGACUACAAUGGCUAGGGGUGGUUUACAAGGUUCUGCUAGGGAAACAGUAUUGAAACCAGACCGGUAGGGCAGGCCGGAGACGGGGAACCUGACCAAAAUCGUCGUGGCUCGGAAUUGGUGUAGGACUGUAUCACCCAGUCACCUCUACUUAGGUCUGGUUGUGUUGGAAUUGGGUGAAAUUUAUUUAUAAGAACCCGAAAAAUGUUUGGAAAGACAUAAUACGAGGAUUUCUAAAGAAACUAGUCGAGCACUCGAGCAGAGUUGAGACAUGGUUGGCCAUGUUGUAGUUGGAUUGUUGGAAGCCAUGAAGAUGGAAAAGAAACUAUGUAAAUUGAU